AGCAUUCACUCCUCACAAGGGAAGAAGACAAACAACUACUCAUUCAUUCAGUUCUAUCAUAGACAACAUGAAGGGACUUUUGCUUGUGUGCUGUCUGACAGCUGUUGCCUUUGCACAAGAUAACAAAGGAGGAAAUAAGCGAUUCUUUGGAGGAUUAAACCCAGGUUUCGGUGGUGUUGAUCCAGGAUUUGGAGGUGGAAUUAACCCAGGCUUUGGAGGAGGAUUCGGGGGAGUUUCUAACACCUGCAGACGUUGGUGCCGAACUCCCGAGGGACAAGCAUACUGCUGCGAGAGCAACAAUGAGCCUGACACCAUUCCCUUCGUGAAGCCAGGUGUAUGCCCUCCCGUUCGCCCUCAGUGCCCACCCGUCAGGACCUUUGCCCCUCCUCAGACAUGCUCCAACGACAGCAAGUGCGGAGGCGUCGACAAGUGUUGUUACGACAGGUGUCUUGAGGAGCACGUGUGCAAACCCCCAGUUGGGUCCUCCGGCUUCGGUGGAUUCGGCUUUGGAAGAUAAUUUCUGUCUCUUGAAGGAUUAUCGUUGUCAAUUAGAAUUUAAUCCGUUAUUUUAGAUUUAUAAGGCUACAGAUCUCAGGUAUUAAAUAAUAUUAUGUACCAAA